CCUUCAUCUUUCUGCCUCCUCCCUUUUGACCUUACUCUCCUGAAGACCUGAAUGUGCGACUCUAGCCUCUCAGCCCUUUGCUUGAACUUUGACCCCUGGAGGCAGGGCCGUCACCGGGGGAGGUCUAGCCCCAGGCUCUGAUUCUGAGCAGCUUAACUGGUUGAGAUCUUCCCACCCUCCCUUGGCAAGUGGAAGCGCCUGGGGCUGUCUUUCUGCUGCUGGGACUCACUGCAUACCCGGAGCUGAAGCCCCGCCUGCCCGCCAGCCCGCCUGCCCGCCUGCCCUCGGGGCUGCCCGCCCCUCUUCUGAUCCCCUUUGUGGGAGUGAGACUUGACAGAUCAGGGUCCAGACUACAUCUCCCAGCGUGCCUGACAGAGUGGUGGCCUCUGUGCGUCGGCUGCAUCGGUCACAGGCCACAAUGCAGCGGGCAGUGAGCGUGGUGGCCCGUCUGGGCUUGCGUGGGCAGGUGCUCCCCUCAGUCCCCGGCCGUCCGAUCAGUGGCUCACAGGACGCGCUCCGCAGGACACCACUCUAUGACUUCCACUUGGCCCACGGCGGAAAGAUGGUAGCGUUCGCAGGCUGGAGUUUGCCCGUGCAGUACCGGGACAGCCACAUUGACUCGCACCUCCACACACGCCAGCACUGCUCGCUCUUUGAUGUGUCCCACAUGCUACAGACCAAGAUAUACGGCCGUGACCGGGUGAAGCUGAUGGAGAGUCUAGUGGUUGGAGAUAUUGCAGAGCUGAGGCCUAACCAGGGGACACUGUCACUGUUUACCAAUGAAGCUGGUGGCAUCUUAGAUGACUUGAUUGUGACCAACACCUCUGAGGGAUACCUGUAUGUGGUGUCCAAUGCUGGCUGCUGGGACAAGGACUUGGCCCUCAUGCAGGACAAGAUCAGGGAGCUUCAGAACACGGGCAGUGAUGUGGGCCUGGAGGUGGUGGAUAAUGCCCUGCUAGCCCUGCAAGGUCCCACUGCGGCCCAGGUGCUACAGGCCGGUGUGACAGAUGAUCUGAGGAAACUGCCUUUCAUGACCAGUGCUGUGAUGGAGGUAUUUGGCGUGUCCAGCUGCCGCGUGACCCGUUGUGGCUACACGGGAGAGGAUGGUGUGGAGAUCUCAGUGCCAGUAGCGGGGGCUGUCUGCCUAGCAAGAGCUCUGCUGGAAAACCCAGAGGUGAAGCUGGCAGGGCUGGCAGCCCGGGACAGCCUGCGCCUGGAGGCAGGCCUCUGCCUGUAUGGGAACGACAUCAAUGAACACACCACACCUGUGGAAGGGGGCCUCAGCUGGACUUUGGGAAAGCGCCGCCGAGCUACCAUGGACUUUCCCGGAGCUGCAGUUAUUGCUCCCCAGCUGAAGGGCAAGGUGCAGCGGAGGCGUGUGGGGUUAAUGUGUGAAGGAGCUCCUAUGCGGGCACACAGCCCCAUCCUGAGUAUGGAGGGCACCGUGAUUGGUACUGUGACCAGUGGCUGCCCUUCCCCCUGCCUGAAGAAGAAUGUGGCGAUGGGCUAUGUACCCUCUGAGUAUAGUCGGCUAGGUACCCCACUCCUGGUAGAGGUGCGGCGGAAGCAGCAGAUGGCUGUGGUCAGCAAGAUGCCCUUUGUGCCCACAAACUAUUAUACCCUCAAGUGAGGUGGCUUGGGCUGGGCCCUCUGCUGGAGGGCAUUCUACAAGGGGUUAGUCAGGAAGCUGAGGCAGAACACACUGGGGGGUAGGUGGCGAGGGUGUAGGCUGGCUCUGGUUGUCUGGUUGGGGGGGGACAUACCACCUACACCCCCUCCUCCUGUGCCAUUUCAAUUUCAAGACCAAUUACUCAGUGAUAGACCAGUUCACCCAAUGUCUUUCUCAGCCCAUACCCCACAGACCCCCCCCCUUGCCUGUGGAGGGCUAUGAGAAGCCUCAAUCCUGGCAUCUCCACUCUGCCAGGUGCUGGCUGUGCCACAAAGCUCACCUUUAGCAGGGUAAGGCCUGCCCGACCUACCUCACCAUGGUUUCUCACACUGCAGAGGGUCAUUACCUUGGGCAGUGCCAGCCACCUCCUCUAGUUUACUUCCAUGAAUGCAGACUGCUGCCUCUCCCUGGGCAGGAGUAAUUCCUGGCUCACAGAGGCUUAGCCCAGUAGGGCUGCUGUGCCUGUGUGUAAACUCGGGGAUGGUUGAGGGGGCAUGGACUUACUCUCCUACAUUCCCAAGUUGGCCCAGCCUGCUGCCCAGCAGCAAACCAUGCCAGGCUCACCACCUGUUCUGAGCCCCAGGGCUGUUGUAGGGCAGGCUGGGCCUCCUCCUGAACUUGCCUUACCCUGGGCUGGCCUUUGCCCUGCGGCCCAUUACUGGACUCCACUGACUGUUAAAAAAAAACAUUAAACGAGCUUUCUUUCUUGCCAGA